AUGAAAGACACUAAGUUGGCAGCGUAUGCGAAGCGACGGGAAGAGCUGUCGAUCAUCGAAGGCACGAUAAUGAUGAACGAGUGCGUCGUAAUACCGAAAAUACUGCGACAAAAGGUCCUUGAAGUCCUACACAAAGGACACCCGGGCAUUCUACGUAUGAAAGAACUAGCACGACAGUACGUAUACUGGCCCCAACUGACGGACGAGGUGGAACAAUACGUGCGGGCAUGCAACCCAUGCGCUCUCGCUCAAAAAUUACCCGUGAAGGAACCACUGCAGCCGUGGCCUCCCACAUCGCGACCACUCGAGCGUGUCCACAUUGAUUACGCGGGGCCAAUCAACAAUCAGUAUCUGCUCAUCUUCGUGGAUGCGUUCUCGAAGUUUAUAGAAGUGGAGGUCACGAACACGAUCUCGGCCGAGCGGACAGUAGAGUUGUGUCGCGAAUUCGUGUCAAGAUACGGGGCUCCAGAGAUGAUAGUCAGCGAUAACGGCACCCAAUUCACGAGCAGUUUGUUUCGAGGAUUCUGUCAAGAAGUGGGUAUCUCGCACCUAUUCAGCCCUGUGGGACAUCCUCAGUCCAACGGUCAAGCCGAGCGGAUGGUAGACACAGUAAAAAGAGCGAUAAAGAAGGAACCAAACGAGUGGAAGAAACAUCUGCAAGAAUUCUUGUUCAGCUAUCACUAUACGCCGUGUUCCGCCGCACCGGAAGGAAAGCCACCAGCAGAUAUCUUCUUCGGAAGAACAAUAAGAUCACCUUUGUCGGCAUUGUUACCGCCAAAGAUACAGUCUCCAUCGGCGAAAGCGAUAGCACAAGCUAGUGACAUGAAGCAACAAUUCGAUCAACACCAUGGAGCGCAACGACAAAACCUCGUAGUCGGUGACAACGUCAUCGUACAACUGCGGGAGGGGCAGCGUGAGCGGGGACGACUAGAGAAAGUGGCAGCUGCAAAUAAAUCCAAAGUCCGCUUAAGCGAUGGUCGCCUGGUAGAACGACAUAGAAAUCACAUGUGGAGGGGUGGUACGGGACCGGACAUUCAACAUUGUCCUAGAGAUUGGAGCCCGAUUAGAACAACGAAACGAACAGCUAUACCCAUACGCCCAUCGACACCAGAAACAUCGUCAUACAAUUCUGUUGUAUCGAGCCCGACAACCUCCAUCAACGCAGGCUCUGAAACCUUAGAACCUCUGCAGCAAGAGCCGCAUGAUAUGCCUCAAGAUCAUCAUCAACCAGGUGCGCUGAACAUACUCCCCGAACCGCCACAAGACCAUGAUUGGGCUCAGAUCGGAGCUCUGAGAAAGACCGAGGAAGGUAAACCUGACCCCGAGGUCUGCCCCCUGGGAUCUACCGUGGAGAACUCUGGACCGGAUGACGUUACCAAUGAACCUAACGAGUUUGUCAGAAAGUCCUGA